AAGUGUUGAGGCAGGAUUAUAACUAUAGCUCAGUGGAUUAUAAUCACAGAGUUUCUGAUUUCGAAUUUCACAGCUCUGUCGCUUCUGCAAAAUAUAGAUGGUCAUUUUGCUAUAUCUCUGAAUUCUAAAGAAACACGGGAUAUGGCAGCUUUAAAGUAUGCUGGUAUGGACGAUACAGACAGCGAGGAUGAGCUGCCCCCAGGAUGGGAAGAGAGAUCUACGAAGGAUGGAUGGGUUUACUAUGCGAAUCAUGAGGAAAUGAAGACUCAGUGGGAUCAUCCCAAAACAGGGAAGAAGAGACGCUGUGCUGGAGAUCUACCGUAUGGAUGGGAGCAGGAGAUGGAUGACAAAGGACAAAUCUUCUAUGUGGAUCACAUUAACAAGAGGAAGACCUACUUUGACCCGCGGCAGGCGUUCACUGUGGAGGACGUGCUGGUGAAGCCAAAGCGUUACGAUGGGAAUACUGCAGCCCUGGAGAUCCUGCAGGGUCGUGACCUCUCAGACAGGGUGGUCCUCAUCACCGGGGGAAACUCUGGCAUCGGUUUUGAGACAGCCAAGUCGUUUGCCCUCCAUGGGGCCCAUGUGAUCCUGGCCUGUAGGAAUCUCUCCAAGGCCAUCAAGGCUGUCAGCCUCAUACAGCAGGAGUGGGUGAGUCACACACUGCUGGAGUUUUAUUAACCUACAC